UGUGGACACACACAAACACUUCCUGUGUGGAGGAUUGGUCUGAUGAGCUCAGGAGCAGGUCUGUUUUGAAGUGUGUGUAGAAAUGGACGACCUGCCCUCGGACCUCAGAACGUUUCUUCUGAACCACCCUUUUCUUCAGCUCGCAGAAAGUAAAAAGAUCAAAUGCUCACUGAAUGGACACGAGUUUCCCUGCAACCUGACGGAGCUGCAGAAGUUCACACAGGGGAAGAAAUAUGAAAAACUGAGCGCUGCAGCAGAAUUCAACUACAGCCAGUAUGAACCACACAUUGUGACCAGCACUAAACGUCCCAACCAGCUCUUCUGUAAGCUGACCCUGCGACAUCUCAACCGGCAGCCACACCACGUCCUCACACAUGUCAACGGGAAGCGCUUCAAGAAAGCCUUCUCCAAAUUUGAAGAGUGUGUGAAGCAGGGGAUUGAAUAUGUUCCCGCCAGACUCAAACAGCCCAAGUUCAAAGACAUGGGCGAGGAAGUCAGUCGGGGAAGGGCCCCAAAACACAGGAACAACGCGUGGGAACCGUCAUCCAGUGACGAGGGUCACAGUGACUCGGAAGACAGCAUGAGUGACCUAUAUCCUUCAUCUGUAUUCACAUUAAAAGACCCAGAAGCAGGUGAAAUUUCUAAGGGUGAUGGAGAAAAGGAGGAAGACGACUUCCAAACAGACGAAGAUGAGGAAAUGGAAGUUGACGAGCAGGUGUCACAGAAACGCAAAAAGGUCCAGGGUGGUGGUUUUCAAAAGAAACUGAGAAAUAAUCACUGGAAAUCAGGGCGUAAGAAAAAUGGUAAAGUGCAAAGUGUAAAGUAAAAUACAAACCUGUAUCUGUUCAGUAUUUUUAUACCAGGUAUUUUGUCAGACAGCAGCACUGACAACCUGCUGGGUGUAGCAUUACUAUGUCUCCGGCUGGCUCAUCUUUGUAUAUACGAGCAUCACAAAUCAUGUGCAGUGGAUAACAGGUUUUUUGGACUGUUGAGAUUAUGUUUUCUGUUUCACGAGCAAGAACACGAACAUAAAAUACAGAUCUGAAUGGACUUGCAAA